AUGGCGGCCCUCCCAGUGAGCGCGGGCCUGAUGGAUGGCGACUUCCUCGAUGGAGUCGUCGAGUCGGCGAUGCGCAGCAUGGCCAUUCAUCUCAAGGCAGAGUACCGGAAGGAGCUCUGUAAGGCUUUCGAGGUCGCCAGCCUGGAGGCGGUCACGUGCGACAACCUAUAUCGCGGUGAGGCUCCCGUUAUCGUGUUGUCGCCUUCCCUGAACAUGCCAGUGAUUGAGCCUAGCGAGGAUACUCUUCGCUUGGCUGGUGGGCUACAGACUUUGAACGUGUCUGAGCAUGCGGUCAUGGACAACACACGGGGGUGCAUAACAUGCCCCCCUCCUCCAUGCGCAUCGAGGCUUUCCCCAAAGAAUUCCAAGAGUGGAGUCUGGAGUGAGAGCAUGACGAACAACCCGAGUAAAAAUACUGCAUCCAGCACCGGAAGGUCGCAGCAUUCGCCAGCGCGGUGUUUGGAUGGGCCCACCCGUACCAAUAGUCGCACUGGCAAGCGCCAGGUCAGGUUGACUCAGCAGGAGCGUGAGUCCCUCAAAAGAAUCAGGAACGAGGAGAUCGCUCAGGAGGAGGCCGUGCUAACGAGGAGAGGCUCACGCGCAUCGGCGCUGAAGGCACCUGCCCUGGACGAGGCCAGCCAGUGCAGGCUGAUCUCGUACAAGUUAGUCGCGAGCCCGGAGUUUGAUUUCUGUAUGGGCGUCGUGAUCAUCGCCAACGCAUUGACGAUAGGCCUGGAAACCUCCUUCUCGCGGCACGGGCGUGAGAUCCCAGCGUCGCUGAACAUCCUCGAGUGCUCGUUCGUCAUCAUCUACUGCGUCGAGCUGGUCAUGAGAGUAUACGGUGGCGGUGGGCCGCGGGCAUUCUCGAACAAUUGGGUGAGGUUCGAUGCUGUGAUGGUGGCCGCGGGCAUCUUCAACCUGCUGUUCACAAUGGCAUCCUUCGGCGGUGGCGCGGCAGCCGACGUUGUGGACAGCGUGAGCAUGCUGAAGAUGCUGCGGCUGUGCCGCCUCGCCAAGACCGUGCGGGUGCUCGUCCAGUUCCGCACCCUGUGGAUGCUCGUCCAGGGGCUGAUGUACGCCGUCCUGCCAAUGCUGUGGACGGCCAUCCUCAUGAGCGUUGUUAUCUACGUGUUCGCUGUCGUCGCCAUGGAAACAAUCAUUGCCUCGGAUCAGGAUGAUGACUACAGCACCGCGGCGCGCAAUUAUGACACCAUCGGGGGGUCCAUGCUGAGCCUGAUGCAGGUCCUGACUCUUGACAGCGCGGCCGCAAUCUACAGGCCACUGAUCGCCACGAGGCCAUGGCUGAUCAUGUAUUUCUUGGUCUUCAUCCUUCUUGGUCCCAUUGCCCUCAUGAAUAUCGUUAUGCGGCGAUCAUGGUCGAGUCCUCCCUGCGCACCGCCAACGAGGAUAAGGAGGCACGGAAAGCGUGGAAGAGCAUGA